AUGCUUGCUACUGCGGACCCGGCAACUGGUGACAUUCUACCAGCUGACGACGCUUCAUGGGAGCGGGGGGAUCUCAAGCCCAAUUACGAAUGGGACGAUUUGCACGAUUUGCUCAAGCAACAUAUCUUUUGGGACAAGUUCUCAGACAUGUCUCUGAUGAGCCUAGAGAUGACGCUUUCUACGUGCAAGAAGCCGCACAAUUGA